AGAAAACGAAUUCCCAAACUGAAGAGCUCACUAACCAUGAGUAGCGUGGUGUUGGUGACUCGCCUGCCGGAUCCCAGCAGCAGCUUCCGAGAGGAUGCGCCUCGGCCCCCAGUGCCCGGGGAAGAAGGGGAGACUCCUCCGUGCCAACCGGGAGCGGGCAAGGGCCAGGCCACUAAACCCAUGCCUGUCUCCUCCAGCGCCAGGCGGAAUGAAGAUGGGUUGGGGGAGCCAGAGGGGCGGGCAUCCCCCGAUUCCCCGCUGACCAGGUGGACGAAGUCCUUGCACUCUUUGUUGGGAGACCAAGACGGUGCUUACCUCUUCCGGACCUUCCUGGAGAGGGAGAAAUGUGUGGAUACUUUAGACUUCUGGUUUGCCUGCAAUGGGUUCAGGCAGAUGAACCUGAAGGAUACUAAAACUUUGCGAGUCGCCAAAGCAAUCUACAAGAGGUACAUCGAGAACAACAGCAUUGUCUCCAAGCAGCUGAAACCUGCCACCAAGACCUACAUAAGAGAUGGCAUCAAGAAGCAACAGAUUGACUCCAUCAUGUUUGACCAGGCGCAGACCGAGAUCCAGUCGGUGAUGGAGGAAAAUGCCUACCAGAUGUUUUUGACUUCUGAUAUAUACCUCGAAUAUGUAAGGAGUGGGGGAGAAAACACAGCCUACAUGAGUAACUCGGGACUGGGGAGCCUAAAGGUGUUGUGCGGCUACCUCCCCACCUUGAAUGAAGAAGAGGAGUGGACUUGUGCUGACUUCAAGUGCAAACUUUCACCUACUGUGGUUGGCUUGUCCAGCAAAACCCUGAGGGCCACAGUGGGUGUGAGGUCCCUGGAAACGGUUGAAAAUGGAUACAGGUCCUUCAAGAGAAGCGAUCCCGUUAACCCGUAUCAUGUAGGUUCUGGCUACGCCUUUGCACCAGCCACCAGCGCCAAUGACAGUGAGAUAUCCAGCGAUGCACUGACCGAUGACUCCAUGUCCAUGACAGACAGUAGCGUAGAUGGAAUCCCUCCUUAUCGUGUGGGGAGUAAGAAACAGCUCCAGAGAGAAAUGCAUCGCAGUGUGAAGGCCAAUGGCCAAGUGUCUCUACCUCAUUUCCCGAGAACCCACCGCCUACCGAAGGAGAUGGCGCCGGUGGACCCCGCUGCCUUCGCGGCUGAGCUCAUCUCCAGGCUGGAGAAGCUGAAGCUGGAGAUGGAGAGCCGCCACAGCUUGGAGGAGCGCCUGCAGCAAAUCCAAGAGGAUGAAGAGAAGGAAGGGUCAGAGCAGGUGCUGACCUCGAGGGGUGGGGCACCUGCCCAACCCCCUCUGUCACUCCUGCCCUCCAGCAGCUAUGAGGAGGACCCACAGACAAUUCUGGACGACCACCUGUCCAGGGUUCUUAAGACUCCUGGCUGCCAGUCGCCCGGUGUGGGCUGCUACAGCCCGCGCUCCCGCUCCCCUGACCACUGCCACCAGCAGUACCACUCCCUUCCACCUGGGGGCAAGCUGCCCCCCACGGCCACCUGCCCGCUUCUUCGGGUCAAGGGCUUCCUGACCAAGCAGACAACAAAGCAUGUCCACCACCACUAUAUCCACCACCAUGCUGUCCCCAAGACCAAGGAGGAGAUAGAGGCGGAAGCCACACAUCGGGUGCGCUGCUUCUGCCCCGGGAGCACUGAGUAUUACUGCUAUUCAAAAUGCAAGAGCCACCCCAAAUCUCCAGAGCCUAUGCAAGGGGAGACGUUUGGUGGCAGCAGAGGCAGUGCCCUGCCCAAACGAAACGGGAAAGGCACGGAUCCCAGCCUGGCCCUGCCUACCAGGGAAGGAGGGCCCCCCAGCGGAGCUGGGGCCCUGCAGCUUCCUGGGGAGGAAGGAGACAGGUCACAGGAUGUCUGGCAGUGGAUGCUGGAGAGUGAGCGGCAGAGCAAGCCCAAGCCCCAUAGUGCCCAAAGCACAAAAAAGGUCUACCCCUUGGAGUCUGCCCGUGCAUCCCCAGGCGAACAAGUCAGCCGGCAUCACCUGUGGGGGGGCAGCGGGCACUCCCGCAUGGCCCCCCGCACGCACCCCUUUGCCCAGGAUCCUGCGAUGCCUCCCCUGACCCCACCCAACACUCUGGCGCAGCUGGAGGAGGCCUGCCGCAGGCUAGCCGAGGUGUCAAAGCCCUCAAAGCAGAGGUGCUGUGUGACCAGUCAGCAGAGGGACAGGAACCACACUGCCACUGGUCAGGCGGGAGCCACAGUCUUCUCCACCCCAGGCCUGGCUCCAGAAGAUCACAAAGAGCCGAAGAAACUGGCAGGUGUCCAUGCACUUCAGGCCAGUGAGUUGGUUGUCACUUACUUUUUCUGUGGAGAAGAAAUUCCGUACAGGAGGAUGCUGAAGGCUCAGAGCUUGACCUUGGGCCACUUUAAAGAGCAGCUCAGCAAAAAGGGAAAUUAUAGGUAUUACUUCAAAAAAGCAAGUGACGAGUUUGCGUGUGGCGCAGUUUUCGAGGAGAUCUGGGAUGACGACACAGUGCUCCCCAUGUACGAGGGCAGGAUUCUGGGCAAAGUGGAGAGGAUCGACUGAGCCUCGGGCACCUGGCUUUGGCGAGCCGUGGGGGUGACCUGUCUUGGACCGAAGCGGCAGCCACAGCUAUUUUGAAGAAAUAUAAAACCAGUGAAGAAGACAAAGUCUAGGGAAGCAUUGGCCACUGGGCCUUCGGAAGGGUGGGGAAGGUUGAUCUUCAUUUUUCACGAACUGGGUACUGACAUAAGAAAAUCUGAACUAUUUAUUAAAAACAUGACCACUCUUUGGCUAUUGAAGAUGCUGACUGGGUUUGAGAGACUGCCAUACAUAAUAUAUGACUGCCUAGGGAUCUGAAAUCCAUAAACGAAGAGAAACUGUGUAUAGCUUAGCUGAACAGGAGUCCUUACUGAUAUUUAUUGAACAAUUGAUUACCCCCAUCCCCAGUUUAUGGAUAUGCUGCUUUAAACACAGAAAGGGGAGAGAGAAAGUUUUAAUUCUUCUGUCUGAACUUAGGAGCUGAGCUGGGAGUGCAUAAAUGAUUUCUUCAUGCUUUGCACUGCAUUUCUCCAAGUGAAGACAGACUUGGAAAUGGUGCCCUACCGUUGACCCAUGCAGAAAUUGGUGCAUUUUUUCCCCCUGUGCUGCUCUAUUUGUCAUAAAGGUCUUGAGGGCUGGCUGUGCUGUGACUUCAUCACCAUUUUGGGUUUGGCUUGUGGAUGGGAUGAUCCAUCAUGAAGGAACAGGGAGCCCCAUCCCGGGGCCCAAGAUUCACCCUGGGACCAAGGUGUCCCACCUUCUAGCCCUCUAGUCCCAGGGCCCAGUGGCUGCUGCCUGCCUCAGCCACUGUCUUGUGGUUCAAACUUGUGCUUUUAGUAAAGUGACAGUUCCUUGUAAUUUUUUUUAGUCUUUGGACCACAGCCAUUCGCGGAAGUACCCCAGCCCACCCCACAGAGACACGGACAGUUGCAGGGAGGCCUCGCCGCACCUUUGGUCCAGACGCCCUUCCUUUGCUGUUUGGGUGUGCGUGCUAAGUUAGUCUGUGCAUUCUGUUCGCCAUUGUUACCUGUACCAUGCGUCUGUAAAUAGUGUACGGCAAAAGAGUAGUAACCCACUAUCUCUAGUGCUUGACUUUGAAUCAGUACAGUACCUGUACCUGCACGGGGACCUGCUCCGUGUGUCGCCCUAUAUUGAGGGCUCGAGCUUUCCCUUGUUUUUUGAAAGGGGUUUAUGUAUAAAUAUAUUUUAUGCCUUUUUAUUACAAGUCUUGUACUCAGUGACUUUUGUCAUGGCAUUUUGUUCUACUUAUACUGUAAAUUAUGCAUUAUAAAGAGUUCAUUUAAGGAAAAUUACU